AGGCUUUGGUUCUCCUCUCUUUCUUUGCAGCGUUGAAGUCCAAAGAAACCAAUCUAAGCAACUCUCACUUUCAAAUGGCCACUCAACGGCUACUUUCCCCGAAACCCACUCUCAGAACCCUCACAACCAUUACAAAACCUUCAUUCCACGACCAAGCUUGUUCUCACAGGCCUCACUCCCUCUCUUCUCCUCCAAAACCUGACCCUAACCAUGGCCUCAGAACCCUCCAAACCGGAGAAGUACCGGCUUCAUUAUCAGAUUCUUUCUUGUUGGAAAAGAUUUUGUUCAGUUUAAAGCAAGGUAAUCCCAACUCAUUGCGCAAUUAUCUCUUUCGGUUAAACCCUUUGGUUGUAUUUGAAGUUCUUUACCGUUGCCGUGAAAAUUUGCAACUAGGUCAGAGAUUUAUUGACUUGAUUGUGUUGAAUUGUCCAAAUUUUAAGCAUUCGUCUCAAUCUUUGAGUGCAAUAGUUCACGUUUUGGUGCGUAGCCGGAGGCUAUCGGAUGCGCAAUCUUUCAUUCUUAGAAUGAUUAGGAAGAGUGGCGUGUCAAGGGUUGAGAUUGUCGAGUCGUUGGCAUCGGUAUGUUACAAAUUUGGGUCGAAUUCUUCGGUUUUUGAUUUGUUGAUUAGGACUUACGUGCAAGCUAGGAAAUUAAGGGAGGGGUCCGAGGCGUUUCGGGCGUUGAGAAGUAAAGGGUUUUGUGUUUCUAUCAAUGCUUGUAAUAGUCUUCUAGGUGGGCUUGUGAAGGUAGGGUGGGUUGAUUUGGCAUGGGACGUAUAUGGUGAAGUUGUUAGGAGUGGGAUUGAUUUGAAUGCCUAUACGCUCAAUAUUAUGGUUAACGCGCUGUGUAAAGAUCGAAAAAUUGAUAAUGUUAGGUCGUUCUUAUCGGAUAUGGAAGAGAAGACGGUUUUUCCAGAUAUUGUGACUUACAAUACACUUAUCAAUGGAUAUUGUCGUGAAGGGCUCUUGGAUGAAGCUUUUGAGAUACUGAACUCAAUGUCAGGUAAGGGGUUGAAACCGGGCCUUUUCACUUAUAAUGCUAUCAUAAAUGGUUUGUGUAAGAAGGGAAAGUAUGGAAGAGCAAAGGAAGUCUUGGGUGAAAUGUUGCACAAUGGGUUGAGUCCUGAUACUGCUACUUAUAACACACUGCUUGUAGAGAGUGGUAGGAACGAUAAUAUUUUGGAAGCUGAAGAGAUUUUUAAUGAAAUGUUGCAUCGUGGUGUUGUUCCUGAUUUAGUUAGCUUUAGUUCGCUUAUUGGGGCUUUUAUGAGGACUGGUCAUCUUGAUCAGGCGUUAGUGCAUUUUAGAAAUAUGAAGAAAACUGGCUUGGUUCCGGAUAAUGUGAUCUAUACUAUUCUUAUAGAUGGGUAUUGUAGAAACGGCAUGAUGCCGGGGGCUUUGAAGAUGCGGGAUGAAAUGCUACGGCAGGGUUGUGCUAUGGAUGUGAUUACAUACAACACUAUUUUGAAUGGGCUGUGUAGGGGGAAGAUGCUUGCUGAUGCAGAUGAGCUCUUCAAUGAGAUGGUGGAAAAGGGUGUGUUUCCUGAUUUCUACACUUUCGCCACCCUCAUUAAUGGAUAUUGUAAGGAUGGGAAUAUGAAUAAAGCACUUAGUUUGUUUGAGACAAUGACACAGAGGAAUCUCAAGCCUGACAUAGUGACAUACAAUACAUUAAUUGAUGGGUUUUGUAAAGCAGGUGAAAUGGAGAAAGCUGAGGAGUUAUGGGGUGAUAUGAUCUCUAGAAGGAUUUCUCCCAAUCACAUCUCGUAUGGCAUUCUCAUUAAUGGAUUUUGUAUUAUGGGAUAUGUAUCUGAGGCUUUCAGGUUGUGGGAUGAGAUGGUUGAAAAAGGUAUCAGACCCUCUCCGGUGACUUGCAACACUAUUAUAAAGGGCUUUUGCCGGUCAGGUAAUGCAUUAAAAGCAGAUGACUUCUUGAGCAAGAUGAUUUUGAAAGGAGUUGUUCCUGAUAGCAUUACGUAUAACACUCUUAUUAAUGGUUAUGUAAAAGAAGAGAAUAUGGACAAAGCUUUUGUUUUGAUUAACAAGCUGGAGAAACAAGGGCUAUUGCCUGACGUUAUUACAUAUAAUGUUAUUUUGGAUGGGUUUUGUAGACAAGGUAGAAUGAAAGAGGCUGAACUAGUACUGGAGAAGAUGAUUGAGAAAGGUGUAAAUCCUGAUAGAUUCACAUACACCUCAUUGAUAAAUGGACAUGUGAGCCAGGACAACCUGAAGGAGGCAUUUCGGUUCCACGAUGAAAUGCUGCAAAGGGGAUUUGUUCCAGAUGAUAAAUUCUAACUGUCUAGCUGUUUGUGUUUGUAGUGACACCGAGUUCAUUUGGCUGCAUGCCAGAUAUAUAUUGAUGUGUUGGAAGGGUAUAAGAAAGCGGGGAUUGGAAUUCAUGGAAAUGGACAUAAUUAAUUGCUUAUGAUGAAGGGAACUUUGAAUCAAGGAAUGGUGGACUAGAGAAUUUAACCACUCUGACUUGCACUCAAUUAUGAAGAGUUGACAAUCAAGUGACUGUAGAGUAGAGUGAAAUAUAUUUUACAAUGGAUAUUGCACAGUGGACAUGAUAUCAAAUUUCCAAUGGUUUUGAUUUCACACCUACUGUGCAAUGCCAACUUCAGAGGUGCGGGAAAGCAUGCAAGUUUUAAUAGUUAUCAAUGCAGGAUCAGGGAUUGAGAGAAAGCAAAGUAGGGUUUCUCUCAUUUCUUUGUGAUCUAAGCUAAUAAGCACACAGGCAUGGCAAUGCAGGCAGGUCCAUGAGGCCUUCUACUCAAUUCAACUCAGCCUUAAUCCAAGGUUUUGCGAUGGUUGUUAGUCUAUCUGUUGCCAGCCGCCGCCUCCUCUUUCUUUUGUUUGGAACCAGCUCGUGAUCAACUAGGGGCUGGAAUUGUGGUCCACUAACAAGAGAGCAAAGCUUUGGCAGGCCUAUGAAAGAAAAGAUAAUAUAAAGAAAAUUAAAGCGAAAUAAUAAAAUAGAGACAAUAGAUUUUACGUGGUUCAGUCUAUGACCUAUAUUUACAUGGUAAAGCCUAAAAUGUUAUAUUAUGGUCAUAUUUCUCUUGAUAUUUUCACAAUACAUUAGAUUUCUAUUUAUAGGAGAAUUUAGGUAAAUAAAUAUGGUAAUCAAAUCUGAUUUGAUUACCAUCAAAUUUGAUUUAUAGAAGAUAACAAUAAUUACAAUAAACCUAUGCCAAAUCCCCUAAGAGCAUUUCUUAGUAGUCUCA